AUGAAUUUACUCUUAUCUUUCAUAUACAUCAAACCCUUUGGAUGUCUUCUACAACGUGGUCAGCGCAGGCAUGAUCAUCAGGAGCUCAUACAUGGAGGAUAUGUUGGAAUGUUUUUCUCAUCCUCCCUUAGAGGGAGACUAGGUGGUACCGCACUCCCUAGUAACGGAGGAGGCAGAGUACGAUCUAUGAAUGCCGAGGCCCCUACCCCCAUUGAUACGAAUUUUAUCGAAGAUGAGGAGCUCUAUGAAGGCGAUGAUACCUAUGAGGACGAGGAGCUACUAGAGGAGGAUCCAGAUGACGAGCAGACAGGAUGA